UUCGGAUGUGUAGCAGAUUGUAGAUCGCGUCUCAAUCCACCACUUCCUCCAUCUUAUUUCGGGAAUUGCCUAGUGACGCUCAUUGCAAGAGCAAGUCAUGUUGACUUAGUAGGAAAAGAAGGCUUUACAAUUGCUGUGGAAGUAAUUGGAGAAGCCAUUCAGAAAAGGAUGAAGGAUGAAGAUUAUAUACUGACUGGGGAGUGGUACAAAGAAUUUACCACCAUAGACAUGAAGCGAUCCCUUUCAAUUGCUGGAUCGCCAAAGCUUGACUUAUAUGCUGUUGAUUUUGGUUGGGGAAAACCAGAAAAGUUAGAGUUCGUUUCUAUCGACAGUGACAAUGGCAUAUCAAUGUCCCUCGGUAAGUCCAAGGACUCAAAUGGAGAUUUAGAGAUUGGCUUGUCUUUGCCUAAAACUCGAACGAAUGCUUUUGCUGCUAUUUUCACCCACGGGCUUAGCUUUCUGUAACUUUGGUUAUAAUUCUAUUUUCGGAGCAAAAUAAAGUUGCAUUUUAAGUGUUCUGGUGGAUUAGUUAGAGAUGAAAUACUUCAAAUUGUAGCUACAAUAAUGGGAUACUUUGCUAGUAUUAGUGAAGAUCAGAAUCCUUAUCUUUAUCCAAUAAGAAAUUUAAAUUGCACUUUCAAGUCAUUUAAAAUCCAACUGUCUUAAACAUCAAGAGGUUUGUACCUAUUGAAUUCACUUACUUCAAACGAAGGGAAGCCUUGAAGCAACGGCAAAAUUGUCUCCGUGUAACUUAUAGGUUACAAGUUCGAGCCGUGGAAUCAGCCACCGAUUGCAUUAGGGUAGACUGCCUACAUCACACCUCUUGUGGUGCGGCCCUUCCCAGAACCCUACGUGAAUGCAAGAUGCUUCAAGGCGGGUAGAUCGUGGCAGCAAAGUCACUCUGCCACUUAAAGUAUCCCGUUGCGUAUUUAAGUCGUUUGCAAAGAAUUCUACUCGCAGCUCCAUGUAGUGAGAUAAUUUCAAAAACUUUUUUUGUUUGUUUGUUUGGACGGGUAGUUGAAAUAAGUUCAAGCUUUCAAAAAGAGAACUAUCCAACGGUAUAUAUAUAAAAUCAAAGUUGGGCGGCAAAAGCUACAAAGCAAUGGGCACUUAUUCUUCAAACUUCCUACGUUUGCUCUCUUACACAAAGCUCUUAACAUCCCACGUUAAUCAAGCCCGACAUGAACAAGCUCUUUCUCUUUUCCACCAAAUUCACUCUACACUUUCCCUUUCGCUCGACCCCUUCGUAUUUCCUCUUGCUCUUAAGUCAUGCGCCGCCCUUGACUUCUUUAAGCUCGGCACCACCAUUCACGCUCACACAUACAAAGCAUCUUUUACCUCCAACCCUUUUGUUGCUUGCGCUUUAGUCGACAUGUAUGGUAAGUGUGUCUCACUUGUGUCCGCACGUCAACUGUUCGAUGAAUCUCCUGAGAGAAACGUAGUCGUUUGGAACUCGAUAAUUUCGCUUUACGCACAUUCUAAUGAUGUUGACAGUGCGUUAGAACUGUUUCGAGUAAUGGAUGUGGUGCCUAAUUCUUCUACGUUUAACGCGAUUAUUGCAGCGUUGGCGGAAACAGAGGAUGGGUUUUCUAAGGCCAUUUUGUGUAAUAGAAAAAUGGAAAGAAUGGGUUUGAGACCGAAUUUGAUUACGGUUCUUGCAUUGUUACGUGCAUGUAUUGGUAUAGCAGAUGUGAAUUUGAUCAAACAGAUUCAUGGGUAUUCAAUAAGGAAUGACAUUGAUCCGGACCCACAAUUGAGGAGCGGAUUAAUUGAGGCUUAUGGGCGUUGUGGGUGUCUUGACAAAGCCCAUCAUGUGUUUGUCAGUAUGAGGAACAGGGAUGUGGUUGCUUGGAGCAGUUUGAUCUCAGCUUACGCGCUUCAGGGGCAAGCAAGAACGGCACUUGAAGUUUUUAAGGAAAUGGAAAUGGCCAAUGUAAGGCCCGAUGGGAUCACUUUCCUUGGGGUAUUGAAAGCUUGUAGUCAUGCUGGAUUAGCUGAUGAAGCACAAAUGUACUUUGCUCGUAUGAGAGAUCGAUAUGGUGUUGAAGCAAGCAGUGAUCACUAUGCUUGUUUAGUAGAUGUAUUGAGUAGGGCGGGAAGAUUGCAUCAGGCUUAUGAUGUUAUUAGGCGAAUGCCAGUGAAGGUGACUGCUAAAGCUUGGGGAGCACUUCUUGCUUCUUGUCGAACUUAUGGAGAAGUCGAGCUGGCAGAAAUAGCUGGAAGAGCUUUGUUUGAAGUAGAGCCUGACAAUCCUGCUAAUUUUGUGAUAUUGGCAAGAAUUUAUGCGAGCAAUGGGCGAUUUGAGGAAGCGGAAGGACUCAGAAGAGAGAUGAUCAAGAGGGGCAUGAAAGCAGCUCCUGGUAGCAGUUGGGUAGUUCAUCAAGAUUGACUUUUCAGGUGUUUUUUGGGUGGUGGGGAUGAGGGUUUUGGCAGAGGCGAAUGCAGCAUUUCGGCACCGGGUUCAUCUGGACACAGUAUUUUCAACACAGAGCAUAAAUUUAUGUGUAAAAAUUCACCAAAAUUGCAACAAAUAGUAGAUAUGGACCCUUAGUUUUAAAAUACUAUGGGGUUCAAUACUAAGUAAAUCGAUAGAAUUUAAAUCCUGAAUCUGCCUCUGGUUUUUAGAGGAAGAAGAAAAAGUGAACGUUGCAGCAAAGAGCUCUUCCCGAUUAGAAAGGCAACUGGUGAGUUUACUAAAAAUUUAAUGUGAUUUGUACAAUGUUUGACAUAUGAAUUUGGAGAAUUCAUCCAAAGAGCUGCGCUGUUUCCUGUAUUUGCCUUCUGCAGAAAGCUUGUCUAAGUCUGAUGACAUUCUGCUUGAUUUACAAUGCUUAAUGUAAUUUACAAUAUCCAAAUGAGAGCACCACUGAUGAUUGCUCCAUGUGAUAUAAUAUCCAGUUGAUUUUGUGUAAAUUAAAGCAUGUCUUAUGUAAUGACCGUUAAAAGUGUA